AUGGCAGAUAAAAAACUAGAUCCAAUCUUUCAAUUAUAUGAUCCAAUUCGUUAUUCAUUUAACAAGAAAAAGGAGGAUUAUAUAAUCAUCUCGCCAACCGUUGGUUCCAAAUCUCAAUUGAAUGAUGGGGACUACGAUUCCAUUUCGGGGUGGAUUCCUGAUGUCGGUGACGGAGAAGUUUUAAAAGAACCGGUCAGAACUGUUGCAAAUGAGGCUGAUGAAGCUAGAAUGAGAAUUAUUGCUCGAAACACGCUGGAAAGAGUUGCACGAGCUCGAAAUACUGGCUUUGAAAAUCGGGUUCUUCAAUACAACAAUGUUAUUGAGAAUAAUAGGUGGGGUAAUUACGUAAAUUGGAAGUUAUAUCCCCUCUUUGGUCUGUUGGAACAUAGAAAGGUUUCUAUAGGAUUACCAUAUAAAAUUCAUCUACAAAGAGAAAUCAAUAAUGAUAAGAUAUUCUUUGGUGAAAAUGGGUCCGAUGCCAAAUUAGAAAUUACGAAUCUCCAAUUAUACAUACCGAUGAUUACUCCUUCUAUAGAAAUAGAAACUAGAUUAUUUAACAUGAUGACAAAGGAUAUUGAAAUAGCUUUUCUUCGCCGUAACACGAUAGGCAGCAUGACUUUAACCGGGGAGUCCACUACAUGGCCAAUUACUAACACCACUAAACCAGCAAGAUACUUAAUGGUUGGUUUUAAGAAUUUACCAGACUCUCAGACAAAUAACAACAAUAUCUUUAGAGUAGCAAUGAACCAAACUCAAGAUCCUAUAAUCCGCAAAGUUCAAGUAAGAUUGAACAAUGAGAAUUAUCCUAAUCAACCUUUAACAAUUAAUCCAUCCACAAAAGAUUAUAAUGAACUGUAUAGAAACUAUAAAAAUAUGUGUGAAUUAUUUGGAAAUCCACCUCAGUUUGAUUAUGUAGAUUUUGCAAUCAAUCACCUAAUCUUUUGUUUUGAUCUAUCAGCUCAUCAAGAAGAUCUUUUUAAAACAGGAGUUAAUAUAAAUAUACAUAUCGAAAAAACACAAGGAGAUACGGAUGAUUCGUAUAGAAUAAAUAAUUAUAAAAAAUACCCCUUAAAAAUGAAGCCGGAAACAUUAGUAAAACGAAUAAUAGAAGCUAUCGAAGCGGAAUCACCUACUACAAUAACUUACAAUGGUAAAAAGGUCAAAAUAUCUAAAAAGCUGAUCGAUAAGUAUAAGCAUUGUAAAAUUAGAGAUGAUAUAGACUUGGAAAGAAUUGACAAGAAUGUAAAGGAAGGCGGAUUUCUACCCUUCCUACCUUUGAUAUUUGCUGGCCUGGCUGCAGCUGGUGCAACUGCUGGUGGAGCUGCUGGUAUAGCAUCAGCAGUCAACGCAAAGAAAGCAUCUGAGGCUGAAAAAAGUGAAAAACGUAGACAUAAUAUGGAAAUGGAAAAGAUAGCUGCGGGUUCAGGAGUAUCGGAUAUAUUAGGAACAGUUAAAGAAUUUGGAAAUAGAUUUAGCGAAGAAACCAAGAAAACUGUUAAACAGGGACUGAGCAAUCUAAUAGACAAAAUUGACACAGGAGAAAUGAAAGUCAAACACAAAGGUAAUGCCAUUGUUUUUAAGAACAUACAUUCUGGAGAAGGAAUCUUUCUUUCAAAGUAUAAAGGAGACGGUGUAAUUUUUGGUGUAGAUAGAUAG